AUGUCUCACUGGGGCGAUCAGCAUCUCCGAUCCCAGCCAAAGGUUCACUACUUGCGCACCCCCGAGCUCCGACAAUUGCAACACUUUCGGCUGCAGACAUUUCGUCGUCAACAGGAGGCUGGAGGUGAGCAGACGUUUGGCUCUCUGACGCCGCAACUCCGGCCCUUCUUCUCUUCGAGUCGGCCGGAGACUGAACCUUCACUUGGGCCCGCUUUGCUCGACGCCUCGUCAGACAGGGCGGAAACUGCUGCUGCCCUGGCAACAAAACCAGAACACCCAGAGUCGAGGCUUUGGCAACAGACAGCCGCAGUAGCCAUGACGACCGGCGGUAAAGGGAUCCAAAGCGGCCUUUCAGAAGACUGGCAAGACGAGAAAGCGAUGCAGCCACCUGACCUAAAUGGUACCUUCCUGUCCGGCCCUGGCUGGAUAAGUGUGUGCUCGUUAUACCAUUUUAUCCAACUUAUUUGUAGGCAAUCAUGGCAAUCAAGAGAUCUUUCUCGAUUUUCAUGUGUCUCCUUUUUUAUUAUUCCUUUAUUAUUAUUUAAUUAUUUUCAUCAAAUGCUUAACAAUAUUAUUUGUGGUCUCGGGCACCCUGCUGAUCCGGAAACGAAUAGUUAG